AUGGCCAUCUCCGUUGCAGUCUGGUCCCAAGACCUUGAACCUGGCAAGCGCAACCUGUACACUGUCGAAAACGACAUUCGUAUCUCCGGUGCCUCGCUUGCUGCUGAUCUUGCCGACCCGACUGGCCGCACAGUCGUCGAAGUCGUGAUCAAAAUUCCUGAGGAUUACGAAUUUGAGGAUGAGGCGGACCCUGGCGAGCGCCCUCCCAUGCACAAGUUUGUUCUCUGCGCGUUGACCGGAGGCAAGGUGGAGCAACAGCCUCUCGACCUAGUUCUUCCUGAAGGCGAGGAGGUUGAGUUUGUGGUCAAGGGAAAGAAUCAUGUCCACCUCUACGGCAAUUACAUUCAGCAGAACCCUGGUGAUGAAGACUCUGACGAGGACGACGAUGAAGACGAGUUUGACCUCGAUGAGGUUCCCUCUGACGUUGAGCUUGGCCUCGAGGACGACGAUGAAGAAGCUGGAGACUCGAGCCGCUUCGAGGAAAUUGAGGAUACCCCCGCUUCCGUCAAGACUGGCAAGCGCGCUCGUGAGGAUGAGGAAAUGGCCGAUGCUUCGACCGCCACUGCUGCCGAGACUUCCACCAAUCUCUCUAAGAAAGAGAAGAAACGUGCAAAGAAAUUGAAGAACGAGGCUGGCAAGGCUGCCCCAGCCCCUGCCACUACUACCACCACUACCACUACCACCACUACCUCUCCUACCAAAAAGGACAAGCCAGUAGAAAAGAAGGAAGUAGCCAAGCCCGCGGAGAAGAAAGAUGGCGGGAAGAAAGAUGGAGAGAAGAAGAAAAAGAGUGAACCCAAGACACUUCCUGGUGGUGUCGUAAUUGAGGACAAAACCGUUGGGUCAGGUUCUGUUGCCAAGUCCGGAAAGAAGAUCGGUAUGCGUUACAUUGGUCGUCUGAAAAACGGAAAAGUGUUCGACUCAAACACCAAGGGAAAACCUUUCUUCUUCACUCUUGGUAAAGGUGAAGUCAUCAAGGGCUGGGACGAAGGCAUUCAGGGAAUGCUCGUAGGCGCCAAGGGGUACGGCAAGCGCGGUGCUCCUCCAGAUAUUCCUCCUAACUCGGAGCUCAUUUUCGAGGUCAAGUUGGUCGAGGUCAAGUAA